AUGGAUGAGAUCACAAACAGGUGUGCGGGGUUACGAUUGUUGGCGAAGGAAGAGGCGGAAAUCAAGGUAUUUUCCCCAACAGGGGAGGAUCAACCGCUUUUGGUAGGAAAGUUUUACAUGAAAAGAUGGGUUAACUUGGAGUCGGUGGCUAGGGUGUUGAAGAUAGCAUGGAAAACCAAGGCAAACUUUGAGGUGAGCGACCUAGGGGAAAAUAGAGCUCUGUUCCUCUUCCAGACGAUGGACGAUCUGGAUAGAGUGCUGCAACUGGGCCCUUGGUCGUAUGACAAGUACCUCCUCAUUCUCCAUAAAUUACAAGCAGGGGACUUUGCCCAGAAAGCAUGCUUAGAGAGGGUAUCAUUCUGGGUCCAAAUUCAUGGAUUGCCCACGAUGAGCCAGACAAAAGAAGUAGGAACGAGCAUUGGAGAAAUGCUGGGUGUAGUGGAAAAAGUGGACGUCGAUGACAAGGGCUUUAGUAUGGGAGGUUUUCUACGCAUCUAUGUCUCGGUAAAAAUUGCUGAACCUCUAUGCCGAGGUUGGAAAAUAAGAUUAGGAAGAGAGAAAUUGUUGUGGGUAGAUUUUAAAUAUGAGCGACUUCCCAUUUUUUGCUAUUGGUGCGAGAUGAUGGACCACGAUGAGAAAGAAUGUCUACAAUGGAUACGGAGUAAGGAGACACUAAGACCGAAGGAGAAGCAAUUUGGAGUGUGGCUGCGAGCCUCACCGGAACGAAACCAGAAGCCCCAACUAAUCUUGGCGAUGAGCUACGACGGUCAUAGGGCAGAAGAGGUGGUUGAUAAGACAAAGGAUAGGCUGGUGAGCAUCCCAAAGGCACCUCACAGAUGGGACAGGCGACUGGUGAGCUGCGAGUAG